AUGAAUGAGCUCAAAAUAUUACGUAAAUCAGGAUUUGAAAAAAUCUUUGAAAGAAAUUAUGAUGGUUUAGCACCUUUCUUUGAAAAUAAAAAGAUAUAUUAUCCUAAUGAUGAUCUAGAGGUUGACGAAAUUCCUAUAAAGAAACAUAAGGGUACAAAUCAAAUUUCAACACGUGCAUUUGAUGAAGGGAAUGAUAAGAUAUACCAUCAGCAUUAUAAUUAUUCCCAUGCAAAAAAUAUAAUAAUUGACUGUGUUAAUGAUGAUUGCCUGGCUGAAAUAUUCACGUAUUUGCCAGCAUGUGAAAGACCAAAGCUUGCACUGGUAUGCAAAAGAUGGCAAAAAGCUCUUGAUUAUGCUGGGUUCAAAGUAAAAAAAGUUGAAUUAAUUUAUUGGCAAUUUGAGGAGAAUCCGCGUGGUUUAAAAAAAUAUCCAACAAUUCAUCGAGAAUUAUGUUUUUUAAAAUCACUGCUUGAUAAAUGUGGUCGUUAUUUAACAAAACUAGACUUGACUGCUUAUUGUCAUUGUAACAUAGUGCCAGUUAUUAAUAAUUCUUGUCCAAACCUCGUAAAUCUCCGCUUGAGAUUUACCUACAUAGACGAUGUAAUAUUAUUCAAUGCAUUUACACGUCUAUCUAAACUAGAAGUAUUAACAAUUAUAUUUCAAAAUAUAAAUAAUAAAUUGAUACCUGUUACUUUAAUUAAUUCAUUGAGAAACAUUGCUAAUACAUUGACUCAUCUGAGUCUGUUGAAUUUUAUGCAUGAUCCCGACUCUGACCCAUUCUAUGAGUUGCCAACAGAAAUUGAUUGUGUGAUUCCUGAGCUAAAGGCCCUGGAAAAAUUUGAAGUUGCUGGUAUACGGCUCCCCGAAAUGAGUUGUUAUAAUAGUAAUACUUUAUUUUAUGUUCAAAAAAGUAUUUAUCAAUUAAAUGAUUGUAAGAAAUUGAAUUUGUCGAAUCACCAAGUUACAGAUAAUGCUUUGUAUGUUAUUGCCAAUGUCAUGGAGCAAUUAAAAAUACUAUGUAUAUCCUGUGAAUUGGUAACCGAUGAUGGUAUAGUAGCAAUUUCAAAGAUGAAUAAUUUACAAAUUCUUAAUUGUUUCGGCCAUAACAGCGUCACUGAUUCUUCAGUUAAAUUGCUCAAAAACCUGAUAAAGCUAUGGUUACCAUCUAGCAAUAAAAUUACUGAUGAUUCAAUCAUCAAAGUUCUUGAAAAUUCACCAAAGAUGGAAGAGCUCUAUGUUGAGGGGACAGGUGUAACUGUUGAAUUUAUUAAAAAAGCAGCAGAUAUAUCAAAAAAUCGAGAACGAGUUUUACAUGUCGCCGUUACAUUUAUACCUCAUAUAAAACAAUAUGAAUCACGAAAUUAUGAUGGUUCAGCAACUUCCUUUAAACGGAAAAUGAUAUUAUAUCCUAAUGAUGAUCUAGAGAUUGACGAAAUUCCUAUAAAAAAACAUAAAGCUACAAAUCAAAUUUCAACAUGUUCAUUUGAUGAAGAGAAUGAUGAGAUAGACAAUCAGCAUAAUGAUCAUUCUUAUGCAAAAAAUAUAAUAAUUGACUGUGUUAAUGAUGAUUGUCUUGCUGAAAUAUUCACGUAUUUGUCAGCAUGUGAAAGACCAAAGCUUGCACUGGUAUGCAAAAGAUGGAAAAAAGCUCUUGAUUAUGUUGGGUUUAAAGUAAAAAAAGUUGAAUUAAUUUAUUGGCAAUUUGAGGAGAAUCCUCGCGGUUUAAAAAAAUAUCCAACAAUUCAUCGAGAAUUAUGUUUUUUAAAAUCACUGCUAGAUAAAUGUGGUCGUUAUUUAACAAAGCUAGACUUGACAGCUUAUAAUCAUUGUAACAUACUGCCAGUUAUUAAUAAUUAUUGUCCAAACCUCUUACCAUGCAGUGCUAAAAUUACUGAUGAUUCAGUCACAAAAGUUCUUGAAAAUUCACCAGAUAUGGAAGACCUCUAUGCUGAGUACACAAGUGUCACUGUUGAAUUUAUUAAAAAAGCAGCAGGUAUAUCAAAAAAUCGAAAACAACGCUUACGUAUAGGCGUUACAUUUAUACCUGAUAUAAAACAAUAUGAGUCGCAGUAUUUUACUAUUAAAAUAAGUCAAAAAAAAGAACAAGUACCCAGGAAGUAA